AUGGCCAGCGCAUCAACAGCCACUGUAAUGAGCCCAGAGAUUGGACUUGCUCAGGCUGUCUCCGAGUUUGUGGCAGAUCUGCCAGAUGCACAGAAGGUCUUAUUCAGGAUACAGCAAAAGGAAUCCUUACCUCCCAAGGACAAAGACAUCAUCGCCGCCAUCGCUGAGAUACAUGGGGUUGCACCACCGGAUCAGGCAAGCAAUGUGCUGCGGUUCGAACCGCACAUGACCAAUUUCUUGAAAGCUGUACAGCAGUUCGCUUCACUUGAAGAUGACACGCCCGACAAAUCUCUGCCAUCGCAAACUGGCAGUGUCUGGCUGCUUGUCCGCCUGACGUUUAUGAGCAACUUCGACGGUGCCUUGAUCGAUAUUACUCCGCGUGGCUAUCAGGACACAUUAUCCUUCUCUACGGACCCGACACUGGCACGCAAUAAGUCGGCCCUUGAGAGAUGCACAAUUUCAAUCAACAAGGAACUGGCGAGCCUCAAACGCCAACAUCACCAUAGUGACCCCACCAACUCUGCCAAAUCUUGGCUGGAGAAGCACGCCGAUUAUCUUCACCAACUCGAGAUGCAGAUUAAUUAUGACUACAUGGGCACAUGGACAAAAAUAAGAUGGCUUGGAAGCACUCCGUCCUACUUGCGGACUGCUCUGGGAACAGUCGACAAAACAUAUUUAAUCCUUGAUGGGCUUGAUGAGUGUGAAGAGUCAGAUCGGACUGAGGUUAUUGAGGUACUGCAAAGUCUUCAAACACAAUGUCCUCUAUCAAUAUGUCUCUCUUCGAGGCCAGGAGUGCUGACUGUCAUUGGAUGGGCCAACCUUCACUCAAUCAAUAUGCCGAUUGACAAUGAGGAUAUCUCAAUUUAUAUCGACUCGGAAAUAUCACGACUCAUAAAGAAUAGAGAUUUGUCGGUCAGAGACCCUGCUCUGGAGCUUCAAAUUAGAUCUGCGUUGACCACAGCUGCAAAGGGGAAUUUUGCCACGGCCAAGAAAAGCAUUAAAAGCAUGAAGUUGCUAUGUGCGCAGGACACGGACUCGGAUCUAGUUCGACUACUGGUAGACCUUCAAGAAGACUCCAGUUCUAACGAAACUGAGGCUAUGCAAAGCAUAUCACCAACAUUACCUGCUACAAUUGCGCCUUCAGCUUUCACGGACUCGGCAUACGCAUCUGCAUCAUUAACCGAUAGCAAUAAUAAGAACACGAACGAUGCCCCCGCUGUUGAUGGGUCGUCACAAGGCGUAGAGCACCCUAUAAUGGACGACUCAGCCACUGAAUACUCUGAUGUCUCGAGCACCACGUUCUCUCGAAAGCAGCUGUACAUACAGGAGCUGGCUAAAGACCUAUACGAUAAAGUCAGCGUUCGGGCUGUUGAUUUGGGUAAAGAUCAUCGACUUGAUAUAUCCGCUACACUGCCAUGCCUGCUCAAGGCUUUCGCUUUGAAGAUUGGAUACUGUGCAACUACUCAGAUGCAUCGGGAUGUGAUGGCUUUUGUUCAUAGGCACAGAAGUGAUAUUACCGCAGCAUUUCUAGACAUCUGCUCUAGCCAGAGAGAAAUGGAGCUUCGGGAGAUCUUUUGCGCUAUCCACGUUGAGGAUGAGCCUAUGGACGUCAUCAACCACGGCCAGGUGGAGUUUGAGCCAGCAGAAAUCAAAGACCAGCCUGACUCUAUGAGUUUGAAUGAGCGCAUGGCUCUCUGGGAGCAAAGUGAAGAUAGACAGCAACCGUCAAUUGAAGAGGGCCUGGACAACCUUAAGUUAGUGGAGACGGAGGAGGAGGAAUAUGAAGAGGAUGAUAUCUGGGUUACGGCCUACCGAGACUUCGCACCCGGUACCGAAGCUUACUCCUGGUUGAUGGCCCAACUCCAGAGGAAUAUGGAUUCUGCUCUGGAAGAGCCAACGGCCAUUCGACUCAUCCGAGAUCAGCUAUUGUCUUCAGUUCCAUCCCCUCAAAGGAUCAGCAGAAGCGUAUCUUCUGAGAGUUGCAGUGUGCUAUUUGACUUGGACUGGGAUAUUCUUGAGUUCUUUGACUCGCAGGAGUACUCCAAGCCACCGGAAGAGGUACUUUCAGCAGUGAUUACUCUGACUGGAUCUGCUUCCGAUGCACAAGCUUCAAACUGCGCUCAAUUCCUAGAGCAGACCUGGCCUAAUACAGGGGACAUGAUCCUGCAGCUUAUGCGCGACUUACUGCGACCAGAAGGGGGACAUGCACACGAGUGCCGCUUGCCAGAUCAUACGAGAUUAGCCGCCAGGAUAAAUGGGUCAAGGGUCAUGGUGCAAGCAAGCGGGUCCGCAGCUUCUAUCUCGGAGACCGGAGAGCAGCUUGCCUGGCUUGGAGCUGCUUUGAGAAGUUCACCGCAUCCAAACGGGCUCACCUACUGCACUCCUUCUAUCAGGUCUAUACAUCGGGAUCCGGACAUGCCACAAGCUGUCGUCUGCGCAAUUGGGUUUGAGCUAGAGCAGCUCCUGGAACCACCAGAUAAUGAAAACGGCCAUUGCUGGCAUGGCAUCUUCAGGAAUCCGGUGGUUGUUAACGGGUUUCCCAUUUUACCGAAAUUGGAGAGGAAUACUGGCCUUGAAAUGCCUCUUAACAUCAUGGCUGGACUCGCUCGAGCUGACCGUGUUGAUCAAUUCGACGACAAGGUAUACAUAAAAGGCUUCUCGACAAUGCUCGUGCCUACAAAACAGGUCAAAGAGGUGGUUUAUUGGCACUUGAUCUAUAAAGAAGAUGGAAGUCGAAUAUCCUAUCUGGAUGAUAAUUUGGACCGGGACGCUUUUGCAGGGUCUUCAGAUCUGACGACUCUUCGCCACGUUCUCGGAUGGUGUUCUGAAGCCAGGUUCUAUGCUGGAUCGUCACAAGCUCAGUACCAUGUUAGACAUUCGGAGCUCCCCAGGCCACACCCCGGGUGUUCUAUCGCUGGCACCAUGAUAACUUUAGGACGUCUGAUCACAGGAGGGCACAGCUAUGAGUUGGGAAUCAAAGAUACGCCAACACAUGUUGCUCGCAAUGGCUAUAUCCCUCGACUCAAAUGGAUCUCGACUAAAUUCUUUCUUCUCUGGGACGAGGCCGACAAACGCGGCUGGCUUACUAACGGCACCAGCGCUUUGUUGCAUGUUGUUAGGGCCUCUUUAGCGUACGACAGCACUGACAAAUUCCGAUCGGCCUUCGUCUUCAAAGAAGAAGACCUACAAGAGUCGCCGAGGCCUUUAACUGCCGAUUCUGCAAUUGACGUACUCAUAAACCCGAGAAACUUGGAUCUCAAGCUCUACGCAGAAAAGGACGGUUUUAUUCUUUUGAGAGACAGAAUCGAUCAAUACUACAGCCUACUUGAAAAGAUGCUCGAUCACCAGACAGAUUUGAGCAGGCGACACAGAGGGAGCCUAGAGAGAAUGCCUCGAAAGCAUCUCGAGGGUUGGGAUUUUGAAGACCUCAGCGCGAAUCGUGAUCCACUCCAUCCUCGCUUGGCUACCCUUGAGGCUUCUGGGAAAGGAUGGGUCGAUUUGAUAAGGGCUCUUGAGGCUGUAACUCUAACUGGGCGCGGCUUCGGAGAACUUGUCCGGCCCCUUGGUCCCGCUCUAUGUGAGUAUUGGGCGCUACUACCAACUGGGCGCUACCUCCUCGCUAGUUGCGUGUCAGAUAUGGAGGACAUCAUGAGAGACCAUCGGAGUUGCGAAGACGGUUUUACUCGACUAGGUGAGGAUCUGAUAUGGUACAAUGCGGAUAACAUAUCAGGACAAUGCCCAUGUGGCUGUCUUGCCGGGCGUCAUGGGGAGCCAGUUCAGGCACUUAUCCCAUCUGCACUAUCUCACAAGUUGAGCGCUAGUAGAAGCUGCGUGGCUAUCAAAUGUGGUGGUGCUGUUGUCUUUGGACAUAACAGGGGCUUCUCUUGGAUCUGGGGAGACGACGGUCUUCCUACUCAACAAGACCUGGAAGAGCGGGUGGUUGCAGGUCAACUAUCAGACGGAAACGAUAAGGAUAGUGGAGUUGGAGCAAGUCUGGUGGCCUCAUCAUCUAACGAUCAUGGGUCUUCAAUAACAAGCUCGAGCUUAUCGUCUCCGCCAUCGCCACUGAGGAAAUUAUCUCAGACAAGCUCCAUACCAGUUACCGAACACAGAACCUUCACUCGGAGCCAAUAUACGGUCGGUAUCCUUUGUGCGUUACCAAUCGAGCUGAAGGCGAUACGAGCCCUUUUCGACCAAAGGCAUCAGAGCCUGACCAGAGUGAUUGGUGAUAAUAACCAGUAUGCACUUGGGGAAAUGGCUCGACAUAUGGUAGUAGCAACAUCCCUUCCAGCUGGCGAAUACGGAACAAACGCCGCUGCAUCAGCUAUAUCUGAUAUGAUGCGCAGCUUCGUGUCGAUACAAUUUUGUCUCGUUGUUGGUAUCGCCGGCGGUGCACCAUCAGACGAUCAUGAUAUCCGACUUGGCGACGUGGUCGUAAGCUUGCCUACCAGCAUUUUCCCUGGUGUCAUUCAGUAUGAUCUUGGUAAGGAGAAUGAGGGGAGUGAGUUUGAGGUGACAGGCGUAUUACAACGACCGCCUCGAAUCUUGACCAAUGCCAUCAGCAAGCUCCGCUCAGAUCCAGACAUUGGAAUUGAUGCCUUGAAUCCGCAUCUUACCAAGAUCAUGGACUCACUUCCUACCUAUAAGAACCCAGGUCCAGAGCUCGACGUGCUCUCCCACGCUGCUUGUACUCGCAGGACUUGUAAGCCUGACUGUACCCAUCUUGAGCAACGCCUCCCACGAUUGAUGACAGAGCCUGUAAUUCACUACGGACUUGUAGCCUCCGGCAAUCGCGUCGUCAAGGACGCAACUUUGCGUGAUCGGCUGUCGCGCAAGUACGGCGUGCUAUGCUUCGAGAUGGAGGCUGCUGGGGUGAUGAACAGGGCAGAUUGUCUUGUGGUACGAGGGAUAUGCGACUACAGUGAUGCCCAAAAGAACAAGGUCUGGCAGAACUACGCUGCCGCUGUGGCCGCAGCAUACACUAAGCUUUUGCUCAGUGCCGUGGCGGUCGACAAUGACUUUGGCGGUGCAAAUGUGAGAACGGAUGAUGAGCCUAUGUUCAAGAGACGGAGGAUGAAUACUGGUGAUGAAGGACAUGAGUAG